AUGGCCCGACGGGGCGCGGAGCCGCGGGCGCUGCCCGAGAGGGCGGCUGAGCUGCGGAACAAACUCGUGGACCGAUGCGAGCGGCUGCAGCUGCAGAGCGCUGCUAUCGCCAAGCACGUGGACGAGGUGCUGCCCGCCAGGAGCCAGGGUGUGCUGAGCGCUGCUAACAGCGCACGAGAGUUGGUCAUCCAGAGGCUGAUCUUCGUGGGGAAGGUGUGUGAGAACGAGGAGCAGCGGCUGCUGGAGGAGGUGCACGCCGAGGAGGAGCGGGCACAGCAGAGCAUCCUGACACAGCAGGCGCACUGGACGGAGGCACUGCAGAAGCUGUCUGCCCUCCGCACGUACCUGGUGGACACGAUCACCAACCUGGACGACCAGGGCUUGGUGAACGCGGAACAAGAGAUCUUCGAGAGGACAGAGUUGGCAGAGGGAAUCUUAGAGCCACAGGAGUCUGCCAAGUUAAACUUUAAUCAGCAGCGUGUUCAGAGUCCGCUGCUGCACCGGCUGUGGGCCUCUGCCGUUCUCUGCUGUAUGGCAGGCUCUCAGGAAAUCAGCAUAGACGAGAAAACCGUCAGCCCCCACCUAAGCCUGUCAGAAGACAAGAAGACCCUGACCUUCAGCCCCAAGAAAGCAAAGCUGGACUUGGAUGACCCCGAGCGCUUUGACCACUGGCCCAACGCUUUGGCUGCUGCGGCUUUUCACACGGGGCUCCACGCAUGGAAGGUCAGCGUGGAGAAGAGCUGUGCCUACAAGCUGGGGGUGUGCUACGGCUCGCUGCCACGGAAGGGGCCUGGCAAUGAGGCCCGCCUGGGCUUCAAUGCUGCCUCCUGGGUCUUCUCACGCUACGACAAGGAGUUCAGGUUCUUGCAUGCCAGUCAGCCCCAGCCUGUGGAGCUGCUCAGGGCCCCGGCUGAGAUCGGUGUGCUGGUUGACUUUGCGGGAGGGGAGGUGCUUUUCUACGACCCCGACUCCUGCACCAUCCUCUUCUCGCACAGGGAGGCCUUUGCAGCACCAGUCUACCCCGUCUUUGCGGUGGCACACCAGAGCAUCUCGCUCAGCCGGUGAGAGAGGUGGGCUGCAAACAUAGGGCUGUAUGGACAGUGAUUGUAUACACCACAGUGCCUUUGCGGGCUACCAGCAUGUACAGUGAUCAGAAAAGACUUGCCUUCAGCCACUACAUCUGUUCUCUCAUUUUACAAUGGCUUUCAUCUCCUUCAGGCUGCCGAGCAUGUGAUGUUUGCCCUCCAGGACCCAGAGCCAGGACCUUUGGAAAAGGUCAAAUUAGACCCCAAGCACCUCCCACAGGAGCACAGUGCCUUCUGAAGACUUGUGAGCUCUCCCCAGCUCCCAUGCUGUUGGAGUCCUCAGGGCUGGAAGGGGGGCUGGGAAGUGCUGCAGCAGGAAGCAGAGCUUCCACUGAGCCCAGUCCAGCAUGGGAGGACCUUGGCAUCAACACCACAGUUUGCUCAGCAGAGCUGGGAGUGCAAGGUGGGGAGAGCAAAAUUGUGAAAGCUGGGAUAUGGGAUCAGUGUUUAACACCUGGCUCUGCCAGUCCUCUGUGAGUGAAUCAUUCCUCUUCAAGACAAGGGUUUCUUUCCAGCUCCAAUGGAGAGGAACACAGGCAACAAAACACUCCAUGCUGCAGGAAUGAAAAUUAUUUCAAUCUUGCCUAAAGGUUAAAAGCUGUUUGGAGAAAUGAAGGAGAAGUGGCAGAAGGCAUGGAAGGCUGUAGGGACACUGGGAAAGAGGAGCCCUAGUGGGAGGAGGGACACCAUGAAUGGGGGUUGUCACCCAUGUGAGAACCCACACUGGGCAGGGCACCCUCAUGGACCAUCAGCAUCUCCCAGAGCAGAGGAGCAGCAAGAGAGGAGCCAUUAGCAUUGACCUGAAUGGAGCUGUUUGUUCCUGGGGCUUGGCAAGGUUGAGCAUAUUACAGUGAAAACAAGCAGCUGAUUGAUAGUAAAAAAGGUGUUGGACUGA